UCGAGAGAAAAAAGGACACAGUGAACGUUCCAUCUUCUUCUUCUUCUUCUUCUUCUUCUUCUUCCGUCCUUCCUUCCUUUGUUGCUAUAUACUUGCGAAGAGAACGAGAAAAGUCUCGCCUUUGUCCGUGUUGGAGGCUGAAACGAUGUUGGAGAUCACGGGCGCCAGCGAGGUGGGGUCGAAGGAGGGAAAGCUCGAGGAGGUCGAGCUCGAUUUGGAUUUGUCGAUCGGGGGUUCGUACGGGAAAUCCGAGAAGGCGAGGGAGUCCGCGAAAGGCCUCGCCUUGGAGAGCGCGUUGGGGUCGGACGGCGCGUUCCCCGGCGGGGCGGAUAAUGGGGGAGCUCGGAAAGAUCGGCCCGUCUCUCCGGAGCUGACGGGGUCGGAUCUUGAGACGGGGGGGUCGGAGUCGGACCCGGAGAGGAAGCGGGCAAUGCAGGCCAUGAGGAGGUUCGAGGCGAAGAGGAAGAGAGAGGAGAAGCGGCGGAGGAAGGGCGGCGCGGACGGCGCUGGGAGGUCCGACCUGGCCGGAGAGCCCGCCCGGAAAAAGGCGAAGGAGGAGGGGGCGGAUGGGAAGCACGGUGGCGAGGGGUCGGCGGCGGCGGCGACUGCUCAUCCCGUGUGCCCGCCGUACCUGGUGGUGCCGGUGCAGUUCCCGUACGGUCCUUUCGUGAACGGGUACGGGAUCCCUUACUGGGUCCCGGGUCCGGGCAAGAGCGAUGGGGUUUUGGGGUUGGGGCAGAAUGUCUCGGAGCAGAGCAGCAGCGGGAAGAAAACGUCGUCCUCGAAUGGGUCGCAAUUGUGCAGCUCUUCUGGAGUCUCCGAUUGCCAGGGCUCUUCUCCGCGCCAAGGUGGCACUAGCUAUGAUGCCAAAAACCGUUCCACUGCGAGCAGCAGAAAGAGACGAUUGCCUGAGCGGAAUUCUUCCCACCAUACAUCAGAAUCUGCUGAACUCACGGACGAGGCAAAGAACCUUUCUGAUGAGAAAGCCGAUUCCACAAGUCCUACCAGGUCAACAGACCUGACUAAGCCAAAUGAAGACGCCGGUUUUAUAACCCAAGGCCCACCUCAAAAUCCCGAUAGGGAGUGUGCCAACCCAAGGUCUGCUUCGCCCAACGGAGGCGCCGGAAAGCCUCCGAGGCCUUCACCUCCUCUCAUUCGGAUGCCGCGUGUUUCAACAACAGGAAACGGCCCGAAUGGCAAGACAGUCAACGGAUUCCUGCAUAAGUACUCGAAGGCAGAGGUCAGCAUUGUUUGCACCUGCCAUGGAUUCACUUUCUCGCCGGCUGAGUUUGUGGAGCAUGCUGGGGGCACAAACGUGUUGCAUCCUCUCAGACACAUCACGAUGGUACCUUAGGUACUCUUUUUACGGACACAUCGGGGUAACAUAACGUUUAUGUUCAAAUUGUGGGGGCUUUUUUGCGCACUUUUACAUGUCCCUCUUCCUAGAAGCUGUAUAGAUAGAUAGGCGAUGGCGGGCAAGGGUGGAAUAUCGAUGUAGAGCUGAGAUCGCAAGAAUGUGAGGAUAUUGGUUUUGUAAUUGUUUCUCCUUUUCUUUGAUUCGAUUCGAGGAGCAUUUAUAUGGAUGAAGUUGUGAAUAGCUUUUUGCUUGCUUCGAAAGAAAUGAAAAAGAAUGUUCCUCAGAA